AUGGGAGAAGCAGAGGUCCUCUGCGAGAGUCGCAGGUGCUCACACCAGGAUCCUCCAGCUCCUCAGGUGACCAGAAAAAGAAAAUACAGUUGUACCAAAAAGGACCACAGCCACGUGCAGCCAAUUUGCUGCAUGAAUUGUGCCUGGUACGUGCCCAAGAACAAGGCCAUUAAGAAGUUCAUCAUUCGGAACAUUGUAGAGGCUGCUGCUGUCAGAGUCUUCAACUCUUAUGUGCUUCCCAAACUAUGUCAGCUGCAUCACUGUGUGAGCUGUGCUAUUCAUAGCAAGGUAGUCAGGAAUCAAUCUCACGAUGCUCAGAAAGACCAAACAUCCCCACAAUUCAGCCUUGCUGGUGCUGCACCCUGA